UCCUCCUAAACUGCCACCUGGCCUCCAGGAGCAAACAGCUUUGGGUGGCGUGACGCACCAGAUCCACUUUAUUUCUAGGCUCCUCUCAUCAUGGGGAACUUUGUUGCCAACGAGGGACUCUCCAUCUUUGUUAUUCUGGUAUGGCUGGGAAUCAACGCCUUCUUGUUUGUCCAUUUCUACAUGGCCUUCCUGGUGGACCGGUGGUUCUACACCAGGGUGCUGCUCGGGCAAGCUUUGUCAUGGGCCAGAGCUCCUGCUGCCUGCCUCAACUUUAACUGCAUGCUGAUCCUGCUGCCAGUCUGCAGAAACCUGUUGUCCAUAAUUCGAGGCACCAUCCAGUGUUGCAGCCGGACUGCAGCUCGUCAGCUCGACCGAAACCUCACUUUUCACAAACUGGUGGCUUACAUGAUUGCCUUCCACACAGCUGUACACAUUAUAGCACACUUGUUCAACUUUGAGUUUUUCAUGGACGCUCAGCUGAAUCGCAACAACAGCCAUCUGCCUUUCAUCUUGUCUGAAAUCGGCACCGGAGACAACGCCUCCUUCCUGAACCCCAUCAGGAGCAAUGAGACGAGCCCUACUAUUGUCAUGUUCACCACCAUCGCUGGGCUGACGGGCGUGGCCAUCACGCUGGCUCUCAUCCUCAUCAUCACUUCGUCCAUGGAGGUCAUCCGCAGGUCGUACUUUGAGGUGUUCUGGUACACGCAUCAUCUCUUCGUCAUCUUCUUCAUCGGCCUGGUGUUCCACGGCUAUGGGCGAAUUGUGCGAGGACAGACUCCAGUUAGCCUGCAGACGAACAAGCCCAACGUCUGUGCCCACAGGUUUGAAGACUGGGGUAAAAACGAGUCCAACUGUGCCGUACCCGAGUUUGCAGGAAAUCCACCAGGGACAUGGAAGUGGGUGUUGGGCCCGAUGAUCCUCUAUGUGUGCGAGAGGCUUGUUCGAAUCUAUCGGUCCCAUCAGAAAGUGGUCAUCACCAAGGUGGUGAUGCACCCUUCCAAGACCCUGGAGCUGCAGAUGAAGAAGAAAGGCUUCAGCAUGGAGGUGGGACAGUACGUCUUCAUCCAGUGUCCAUCCGUCUCCAGGCUAGAGUGGCACCCAUUCACCCUGACCUCUGCCCCGGAGGAGGACUACUUCAGCGCCCACAUCCGCAUUGUUGGAGACUGGACUCAGGCGCUGUACGAAGCCUGCGGAGGAGAUAAACCUGAACAGCAGGAUGCCUGGAAAUUGCCCAAGGUAGCCAUAGACGGCCCGUUUGGGACUGCCAGCGAGGACGUGUUCCGGUAUGAGGUGGUGAUGCUGGUGGGAGCAGGAAUCGGGGUGACUCCCUUCGCCUCCAUCCUUAAGUCUGUGUGGUACAAACACAUCCAGAACAACCAAGACGUCUUCACCAAGAAGAUCUACUUCUACUGGUUGUGUCCUGAGACUCAGGCCUUCGAGUGGUUCGCGGACCUGCUGCAGUCUCUGGAGCGCCAAAUGGCAGACAAAGACAUGGCCGACUUUCUCAGCUACAACAUCUACCUGACCCGCUGGAAAGACACGGAGGCGGCUCAUUUCCGUGUCCAUCAUGAGGCGGAGAAUGAUCCAAUCACUGGGCUCAAACAGAAGACUCUUUACGGCAAGCCAAACUGGGACAAUGAGUUCGCCAACAUCGCAUCGAACCACCCGCGGUCCAAAGUCGGAGUGUUCCUGUGUGGUCCUCCUCAGCUCGGGAAGUCUCUGGAGAAACAGUGCCUGUCUCACUCCGAGGCAGACGUCAAGUUCAUCUUCAACAAGGAGAACUUCUGAUAACCUCUGCGGGAAAGCUUCUGGUCUCCUUCAGACCACAGAUAUGUUGUAAUAUGUUGCUUUAACCCAAAAAAAGAAGAAAUCCAACCACCUUGCUUCUUCUUCUACUACUUCUUCUCCUUUAGCGUCAUUUCAAAACUUCCUUUCAUUCGAACAGAGUUUUGUCAGAGUUUGAAGAAGAACUAAUCUUCAGAUGGCUUAAUAAAUGCUGGAGAAACACAUGAAAGCUUCUGCUGCAGCUGCAAAGACAUUAAAAACAAAAGUACAAAAAGACAAAGAAAGGCUUUUAAGCUUUUUAAGCUCACAGCGUGAAAAACAUGUAAAUAUUGUUAAUAUUUUCAUGUUAAUGAUGUUAAUAUUUUUGUCUGAAUUUUGCUUUUCAAAAUAAAAGUAUGUGUCAUGUUGUUCAUUUUCCAGGUUAAAUAAAAAAUAAGCUUGAAA